UAUAAUUAUAAUUGAAUAUGCCCAAGAAAAAAGAAACUAAGAUUUCAAGAAAGAGAGCAAGAAAAGCAACCUCAGAAACUCCAGAAGAUAAGAGGAAGAGAAAGAACAGGGAGAAGAUGCAGAGAUACAGGGAUAAGCUCAAAAAUGAGCGUGAAACUUUAGCUGCUGAAAACGACAGACUCAAAGCAAGAAUCAUACAUUUGAACCACCAAAUAGAUAUUCUUACAAAAGAAAAUGAAUAUCUUAAACCCAAAGCAGAUCCAGAAGGAUUAGUCAUCAAUGAAAGAUCAGCAUUUCAAAAAACUGAAACUUCUGCAAGGAUUGAUACCACUAGCGUUCAAUGUUUAUAAGUGACCAGUCAAAAAUAUCAAAGCUUGAGAAAGUUUUCAAGAGAGAAAACCGCUUCUGGAAGAACACUUUACCUAGGUUGAUCGAGAAGAAUCCUGAGAAAGUAAAGUUUACACUUAUGGAUCAGAACAAAGAACUCUCUGAUUUGAAUGGGAAGGCCAGAAUUUUGUUCCUUAAAAGCCAGUUCAGAAAAAUAAUCCAAAAUGUGCUACCCUUUAACACUCUGUGUAUUAUGUAUAACUUUGAAUCCAUCAACAUAUCAGAGUGGGUAAAGCUUAAAGAAGAGUUAGCCAAGCCCAAUCCUGAUUUAUCUAAAAUAAAAGCUUCUCCUGGCUUCAAAGAAAGAAAGGUGUCAAGCCAGUUCACAAAGUUUUUCAGCACUCAUGGGGAGAGAAUUGUUACAAACUUGAAAAGAAUCAAAAAUCAAAUUCAUGAACUGGUAAAAAUCAGAAAUAGAAUAUUUAAGAGUGCAAAGACAAUCGAUGACAUUAUUGAGAGUUCAGAGUAUAGGUAUAGCUCUAGCUUGUUCAAUCACUUUCAUGGAAACAUAAUUUAGUAUUGCUACAUUAUAGCAAACCCUUUCAUAGAUAUAGCUAUGACAAGAUAGAUCACAUUGCUGUAAAGAAAAAGUGGGAUGAGCUCAAGAAAAAUGGAGUAGAUUUAUUCAAAAUGUGGGGAAUCAGCAAGAAAGAUCCUUCGAAAGAUUACUCUUCUGACAUAGAAAUGACAGAAUGGGAAGAGGAAGAGUCUAAUAGCGAGUUCUAAGUUACUAAAAUAAUCAAGAUUAUAAAGAAUUGGCUCUUUCUUAAUCCCCUAUCUCUGCAUAUUCCAGGUUAAGAACAUUAACUAAAACAAUCAAUAUCAAGCCAUCUUCAGAAUUAGUAUAUUCCCACCUCUUUUAUACCACCUCCAAAAAUCAUUAAAACCCCACCAAACCCCUAACUCCCCCAAUAAAACCUCACCUACAUCCCUCAAAAUCCCCCUACUAUCCCCAAACUCAUCCUCUCCCAAAACCCGCCCACUAAACUUCCCCCUUACCUAAACUACCCCCUCCCCAAAAGAACAGACCUCACCCGAAUAAAUACUUCAACACUACUACACACACUCGGGGUUUUGG